CUACACAUACACUGCUAUCAUUUUCCCUAUGGCUAAAGAAAAGGUUCAGCGCUUGCGGACCUGUCCCUUGUGUCAUAAAGAAUUUGCUGCUAAAACUGUUAGCAAUCAUCGAUCUCAACUAGUAUGUGUUCGAAGGCGUCAGAUCCAAUCCUCAGAUAUAGAAUGUUGGAGGCAAGACUUUCAAAAUGAUCCUACUAUGUUGGACAAGCUGCUGAGAUUCUAUAAAAAACAACAACAAGAGCUUCAACAGGCAGACUAUCCCUACAAUCCAGACUACCAGGAAACUGCUAAAUCCGACCCGCCAGCAUUGCCUAAAUUGUCAAUCCCGUCAGUUUCUACAUCGUUCAUGCAAUGCCCGCUGUCUACAAGCCAAUCACCAUCGCCCACUCUUGAUAGUAUUAAUACAAACCAAAAUACUGCACCAGUUUUAAACUCUGUUGAAAUAGGAUAUGAAAGAUUUCAAACCAAUAGAACUAUGCCAAGCAUAUACUCGGGUCAUUCUUUUGAUCAGCUAUCGCGUAGUAAUGAGGUAGAGCUUCCACUUGCACAGACAUUCAGCUAUGGUGCACCAUCCAAAUGGACGCCCAGUCACGUUCAUACCAAUUUCCGAAGAAUCGAUAUUCCUACAGAACCUAUACAUGAUCCUGCGUGGUAUUCCGUUCAACAUGCCAUGCGACCCAUGUCAAACCAACUCCCACUUUUACCUCCUAUGCUCUAUCCAGGUCUGAAACCCAUAUCAAGCCAUUUGAACGGAUUCGGAAAUGAUUUCGAAAUGGGUCAUCGGCCGAUUAUGACUACUCCUUUAAAUCAUUUUGCACCGCCAAUGAUGCCACCAACUACAAUGCAUCAAAUGUUACAUCCGAUCGGGCAUUUGAAUUUUAAUGGUUUCCAUCCAGUCUCACAUGAACAUACAAACUUUAUUUAUGAUAACCAAGCCUCAGAUCAUUCUACUCGUGGGAUAUAGGUCUUUGGUGCUGUUUGCUAUAGUUGAAUCGUUUUGAAUAUAUACUUUUUGAUAUCCC